AUGGAGGGCGAACGGAAAUUCCGCGCCAUUGCUAUAGCCAGCGACCAGAAGGAUCCUAUUAGUCCAUGUGGCAUUUGUAGACAGUUCAUUCGGGAGUUCAAUCGCAACAUUGAGGUGUAUAUGAUUUCUAGCGACGGGGGCACUUGUGUAAAGAUGACGUUGGACGAAUUGCUUCCAAUGAGUUUCGGGCCUGAGAACUUGGGAAAGUAG